AUGAAUAAAGGAGAAAUUAAUCCAUAAGUCAAAGAGUUAAAAAGGGAGAAUAUGCACGGAUUAGGAAAGUUAAAUGAAACUGGAGUUGAGAAAAAAAAUGAAGAUGCUUUGGUUUCUUAAGAGAAUUAAAGAAUUGCAAAUUUAGAAAAGGAAUGCUUAACACACAUUAAAAAUCAAGAAGAUGAAGUAAAGAAGGAUGAAGAGUAAUUGAGAUCUUAAGAUCUAAGACUUGAAAAAACACUUCAUGACAAAGCUAGAGAAAGAUAUAAGGAAACAUUAAAGAAAUCUGAAGAAGAAAAAUAACGGGAAUAAGCUGACAAAGAUUAUCUCUAUCCAUAUUUAGAAAAGAGAAAGUUAUUAGGAAAGGAAGUACUUAAUUACAAUGAAGCUUUGGAUAUAUAAAAAGAUGUUAUGACUAAAUUGAAGGAGCGUUUACUCUCAAGAGCAGCCAUCAUCUAAAAAAAAUUAGAAGAAGAGAGAGCUAAAUUAGAUCAAGCUGAAUAAAUGUAGUAGAAAAAGGCAGAUCCAGAUGAUAAUGAAUAUAUCAAUAUACAAUUUAGAAUUGAUAUUUUGGAGUAAAGAGCUAUUAGAUUUGAAUCUUAAGCACUUCUUAAAUAUGAAGAAAUGGAUAGAAAACUCAAAGAUGAUAAAAGACUAUCAGAACUUAAGAAGAAAUGA